UCAAAAUAUUCCAGUUUCCCAAGAUUUGUUAAAAAUGAAGGCAGUUGAGCUUUAUAAUAAGGCUAUAAAACAGGGCGUACAAUUUCCUAAUUUUGAAGCAUCAAAUGGGUGGUUGAAAAAGUUUCAGAAUCGAUAUAACAUUUGUUGCAAAACCAUCACUGGUGAAAGCAAAUUCAUAUGUUUUGAUCAAGUAGAGAAUGGAAGAAAAGAAUUGCAACAAAUAAUAGCUACGUUUAAUAUAGAUGAUGUUUACAAUGCAGAUGAAACAGGACUCUUCUUCUGUUUAGGUCUGAACAAAACACUUGCAUCAAAAGGUGAUAAAGUGAAAGGACAAGAGAUGAAAAAACCAAAUAUUAAAGAAGCAAUUGAAAUAGUUGCAGAUACUUGGGACAAUGUAAAACAGGAGACAAUAAAGAAUUGCUGGUUAAGCACAGGAAUAUUAACUGCAGAAAUGAUACAUGCCAAUACAGAUAAUAUGAAGACUGAUAAAGCUGAUAAUGAUAUAGUUGAAUUGAUUUCAGCUUUAGAUAAUCUUAGUAUUGCAGAACUCUCAAUAGAUAAUUUGACAACAAAUGAAUAUAUUGAGAUAGAUAAUAAUUUGGUUAGUGCAGAGUUAUCUAUAGAUGACGAACUCAUUGAAGAAAUUCUUUUGGCUGAAGAAGUCUUACACCCAACACAAGUAGAUAUAGAAGAUUCAAGUAAGAAAAAAGAAGCAAGCAUUUCUGUAAAGGUGGGAAGAGAAGCACUUGUAACAGCCAGGAAGUUUUUAGAACAAAGAGAAUUUACAACAGGAAGUGAUAUAAGAUAUAUCCACAAUAUAAUUAAGCACUUAGAUAAAACAGUAGAAAUGUCAAAACAUCAAAUUUCACUAAUGGAAUUUAUUAACCAAUAA